AUGUCGUUCAAUUUACCAGAAAAUGAUCCAUUUCUUAAAAAACAAACUAUUCGAACACGAAGAAAAAAAUUACAAGAAUCAUCACGUCUUGGAUAUAAAAAUUUACAUCAAGAACUUGAACCUUUACCAUCAUUAAAAGAAACUCCAAUUGGUCAGCAAGAAAAACUCUUCAUUGAAAAAUUAAAACAAUGUUGUGUUUUAUUUGAUUUUUCGGAUUGUGUAAGCGAUCUUAAAAGUAAAGAAAUAAAACGAGCUUGUCUAAAUGAAAUUGUUGAUUAUAUAACAGUAACAAAAAAUUGUUUAACAGAAAAUGUUUAUCCAGAAGUGAUUACAAUGAUAUCAAUAAAUCUUUUUCGUGUAUUACCACCAGCAGGUCCAGAUAGUUUAUCUGAUGAAAUAGGUGUUGAAGAUGAAGAACCAACAUUUGAAGCUACAUGGCCACAUACACAAAUAGUUUAUGAAUUUUUUUUACGAUUUUUGGAAUCACAUGAUUUUCAACCAAAUACAGCAAAAAAAUUUAUUGAUCAAAAAUUUGUUUUACAAUUAUUGGAAUUAUUUGAUAGUGAAGAUCCACGUGAAAGAGAUUUUUUAAAAACAAUUCUUCAUCGAAUUUAUGGAAAAUUUCUUGGUUUAAGAGCAUUCAUUCGAAAACAAUUUAAUAAUAUAUUUUUACGAUUUAUCUACGAAUAUGAACGAUUCAAUGGUAUUGCUGAACUACUGGAAAUACUUGGAAGUAUAAUUAAUGGUUUUGCUAUACCAUUAAAAGAAGAACAUAAAUUAUUUCUUGAACGAGUACUUAUACCAUUACAUAAAGCUCAUUCAUUAAGUGCAUUUCAUCCACAAUUAAUAUAUUGUAUAGUACAAUUUAUUGAAAAAGAAUCAUCAUUAGCUGAAGUUAUAAUAAAAGGUUUACUUAAAUUUUGGCCAAAAACAUGUUCAACUAAAGAAAUAUUAUUUAUUAAUGAAAUUGAAGAAAUUCUCGAUGUAAUCGAUUCAAAAACAUUUCGAUCUAUUAGUAUACCUCUGUUUAAACAAAUUGCACGAUCAGCUACAUCAUCACAUUUUCAAGUAGCUGAAAGAUCAUUAGCUAUAUGGUCGAAUGAAUAUAUUGUGCAAUUAGUGGAAGAAAAUCUUGAACAAAUUUUACCCAUAUUACUUCCAUCAUUAUGUCGAAUAUCUAAAACACAUUGGAAUACAAAUAUAAUAACAUUAACAUAUAAUUUAUUAAAAAAUUUAAUGGAUAUUAAUAAAAAAUUAUGUGAUGAUAUAUUAAAUACAUCACGAGAUGAUGAAAAAAAAUUAACAAUUAAAGAACAAGAUCGAAUAAAUUUAUGGCAACGACUUGAACAGAUUAGUUUAGAAAAACAAAAACAUUAA